UACUGCAGAGAGGAAUCCUGCAGCUGUCAAGAAUGUAGAGGAGUGUGUUGUAAUUAAACGGAGUGUUUCUGCGCUCUCUCCGUGCAGAUCUACAGGUCUUGAGGUAAUUUCUUCAAAGCGAUGAAGGAUUCUGUCUAAUCCGUUGACAUACUUUAAGUAUCGUUCCUCGGGUCGCUUCUCGUCAUGGCCUCUUUAACCGUCAGCUCAGCGGCUCGGAGCGUCGACAAGCAUCGGAAGUCCUUCUCGCUGCUGUUCUACCGGGCUGUGCGUGACCUGAAGCCGGUCUGGAUGCUGGAAGACAUGCGGACGAUGGAGGCUUUUUACCAGGAGGAGGACGUAAGCCAGAGAAUGUACACACCGUCAGAGGCGCUGCUGUACGCUAUAGUUCACGAUCACCAGGCGUAUGCCCACUACCUGCUUAGCCGGUACACCGACGAAGCGCUAGCAAAGCCUGGGGAGCGCUUCUGCUGCUGCCCGUCCUCCGCCCCACACCUGUCCAUGGCUGUGCGCUACGACAGGCGCUGCAUUCUCGGCUUCAUCUUACAGGAGACUCACCGGGUACCCAGCGCGUCCGCCUGCACGGACCGAGCCGGCUGCUUUCACAUGGAGGACGGCAGAACCCCUUUACAUCUGGCCUGUGAGCUCCUGCGGCCCGAGGCGGUCAUCAUGCUGCUGGGGAACGGAGCGUCCCCGCACGCCCUGGACCACAACGGCCUGACCCCGCUGGACGUCACUCUGGAGAAACUCAGGGACUCCAAGCAGGUGAGCGGCGGAGAGAAGAGGCAGUGUCUGGACAACCUGCUCAUGUUCAUGCCAAAAGUUCACUUUAAAAUGAAAGCAGCCCUGGCCACAGAGCCGGACUGCUGGAGCGAGGUGCUCGGCGAGGAGACGUACAGGUACCUGGCGGGGAGGAGCCCAGCGCCGCUGCUCCUCAUUGCAAUGCAGACUAUUCUGAAGCAGCUGAGUCCUGCAACCUUCCCGGACAGCCUGCAUGAGCUGCCCAUCCCCCCCUCCCUCAAACCUCCGGGACUGCCUGCAACCCAGCGGGAUCGGCAGAGGGUGGUGUAGCAUCAGUACGACAUGAUGCAUGCUCUGCUGUAUGAUAACUGUAGGAUUUUAGCAUGGUGUGCUUGUGUGUGGGUGUGUGUGGGUGGGGGGGGCAACCUUCAAGACCAAUAAAUGCGCGGAAGGCUGAUGGAUGCAAAUGGGGGAAAAAAGCAGUAACCCCAAUUUGAAAACAGUUUAUUUUUGGGUCAGUGGGUGAGGUUAGGUUAUGGUCAGGGUAAGCCCCAAGAAAAUGAAUGUAACUCUAUGGAAGUUAAUUUACCCAAAAGUGACCUAAGUAAGUGUGUGUGUGUGUGUGUGUGUGUGUGUGUGUGUGUGUGUGUGUGUGUGUGUGUGUUUGCUUGCUGUCUUGUUUGAAGAACUGUAUGGCUACAAAGUGGUUACACUUCAUUAUAGGGCUGCACCAAUAAACACUAAGUCAGGGAGCAAAUGAAUGACUCUUAUCUAAAGAUGUGACUUUUAUCACACUGUCAGCCCACUGAUUGAGUUAACUGGGAGCUGAUGGUUCAUUGGAGCAUAGAGGCAGUUCCAGCAGAGCGAGCAGUGGGAAGACUCGGGAAUAAACAGCCAUAAUCUUUUACUUCUUACACUAAUUCAGGCAUUAAUAACGAGUUUGUCUAAUGUCAUUCGAAAUUGUUACUGUACUGUAUUUAAACCACUGUAUCAUAUCAGAGGAGACCAAUACUGAUAACAGUCUACAUAAAAUGUGUUACUGUUUUUAAUUUAUUUAGCUUGUAUUUAACAGUUAUAUUCAAGAAAGUGAUCCUCGUUUGAAAGCCUGUGACUUGAAAACUGUUUUGAUGACCGAUUAUUUUUUAAAUGAAUAAG